AGUAACUUCGAUGACCUUCGUGUUUGUGGCUGUCUAAUAUCAUGUCGAGCAUCUUUUUGUUCGCUCAGGAUCAUGGAAAGGGUGAAAGUUCCUAUUACCAAUUGCAGAAUGAUCUCCAUGAAAAGUUAAAGGAAAUUUCAGAACAAAUCAAGCGUGACGGGGUUUCUAUACCUGAUGUUUUGCGUCCAUUAACCCGGGAUUCAAUAGCACAAUGUGUAAUCAGUCCUUCACACAUAGCUUUUCGUUUAGAGGACGGUCAAGUGUGUCGGGUGGCUUACACCAUAAAUUCUGAUCGUUUAUCACAGAAGCCUGAUAGAAAGCGAAAGCAAGGGAUGUCGUGCAGUGACUCAUCCAGUACUGUUAGAGAGGGGGUUGUAGCUCGUACUGGAAGUACACAACAUGGAAGUCGUUCAUAUAGGUCGCCUUUAAAUGUUCUUGGUAGAACAUCUAGAGGCAUCAGCUUUUUGCGUGAAAUGCAACGUCAGGGGAUUUACCUGGCGAGGCCAGUUACACAUCAAAUUCCUGAAAGUGAAAUUCCAGAGGUAUUGAUUGAAGAAUGCCAAACUGUCUUGCAAGGGAAGUCACGGCAAGUAAUCGUCCGUGAACUACAGAAUACGAAUUUGGACGUUAAUAUGGCGGUGAAUAAUUUGCUUUCUCGUGAUGAUGAAGCGGAACAGGGUAACGGUGGAAAUUCUAGUGAUGGAAAUGCUCCUGGAGCUGGGGCAGGCGGAAACUCGGACGACUGGGACGAUGAAGCAGUGGAGCUGUUGUCAUUCUUUGAGUACCCAGAUAGCCAUGGACUUUUUGAUGCUGAUGGACUAAUAGCUGAUGAAAUGGCUGGGCCCCCCACAUCUCCGCGUUUUCGCGGUGAUUUGACAUCCGAUUAUGAAUAUGGUUUUCUUAGUGAUCGUCGCAAACGUCGCCGUAUGGAAUCGCAUUUAUACAAUAGAGGUAACGAACUGUAUUCCGGACGCAAUACUUCUGUCGUAAGCGACACAACCUACAAUAGAUCUGUUGCAGAUUCACUUAGAAACUCAACUGCUUCGGAUUCUGCAAGUGAUAACGUCAAACAGUCUGGCAGUUCUACCCGUUACUAUGUUCAGUUGUGUGAUGUACUCGAAUUCUGGCCAGAUCCUGAAAAUUCAGAAUUAAAUUUGCACUUUGUGCAUAUCACAGCACUUCAUUCUGAAUUAGUUGCUUUAACAACUUGGGGUGAACUCCAUCAAUGGAGGUGGGGAGAUUCUACUCCUUUUUUUAUGCGCAAUACGGCAAACUUAAAGGAAGAUAACGAUAAGAAAAUUAUAGACUCAGAAUCAACAGGACAUGCAGAGCACAGCUUCUCUGCGGUGUACCAUCCACGAGUUUUGGACCUUGGUUUGGGCGAUGAGAAAAUAAUCAAACUUUCUGGCUGUGCUACUCGGGCAACUGUGUUAACAGCUACAGGGAAGUUCGCUACAUGGAUGGAUGAAAGUCUUGUCCAUUCGUUACCUGCCUCCUACCCAUUAGGCUCAUUAUCUGGUUCCUUAGGAAUAGAGCAUCAGGCUGUUUUGUUUCCUGAACUACGUGAUGAAACCGUUGUCGAAAUUCAUACUGCUCCACUAGUGACUGUUAUCCGCUGUUUAUCCGGUUCAGUAUAUUGGUGGGGAAUUUAUCCUUCCUACAUGAGGCAGCGAGCGAUCGAAAAAAUGCGUCAAAAUCGUGUCUCAUCAGUUUCUAAAAGAACUAAUGCGUCAUCCAAAAAUUCUGGCAGUCGUCGAUAUUGUUUAUCUCAGCAGUCCAGCAGCAACUCCACUGCAGAGUCGUCAAAUACCAGUACAGGAGAAAUUCAUGGGCAAAACGUGACAGAUAUAUCAAGUUCAAGCACUGGGAUUGUACCUGGUUCGUUUGUUUGUAUACGUAGUGCUCCAAUAUUCCAUGCUGGAGCGAUUGGUUUUACUGUAGUUGGUGGAGUACCGAAGGUGGGAACGCUACUUGAAGAUGCCUGGAAAACAACGGAUGUAUGUCGCUUUCGUAUUAACGUUAUGAACUCCACUUCCUUUACAUCAGGAAUUAAUGAAGGUCCAUUUCAUCCUCCUGCUUUAUCAUCUGAUUCAUCACAACAUAUACUGACUUGCCCAUAUACUUUGGGUCUAACAGUUCACAAUCAGCAUAGCUCGUCACAAUGCUCAGCAUCUUUGGGUAACAGUGUUUCAGGAGUUCAGUUCCCUAGUGACCAGAUAGCCAUUUCGUCGAGUGGAAGCAACUCUACCCUAACGUUUCAAGAAAUGCCACCUCCACCAUCUCCAGCUUCUUCCACAUGUAGUGACCAGUCAGGUCCUGUAAGAGUUAGCCCAGGAACAUUUAAAAGGAAAAAAGUUCCUAGCAUCUCGGGCGAUCGUAGUGAACGUAUUGUCGGGGAUUGGGACAUCGGUAAUCAAAAUAAUGGUCGCAGUGCGCGUGGUCGCUCUGCUGAUCGAGAUCCUUCUAUUGGUGUUCCAGUCAAUUCCGCUAACAAACGUGGUUCCAUCGAUUUAAACCAUGAUGUCAUUGAUGUAACGAAUAGAUCAGAUAUUGGAUGUAAUCGAGCAUCUAAUAACUCUACUUUUUCCGAAGAAGAUUGGUGUUUAAGCGAUGUUGUAUUUGUCGAGGAUGGGCGAACUCAACCAGUGGGUAUUGUACUUAAAGUGGAUGGAAAUAUUGCAGCUGUUAAAUUCCUAAAGGAACAAGAACGAUCAUGUGUGGCUGCCAAUUGUCCAUAUUCCCCUGUAUGUGUUCUCAUUAAUAGCAUUUUGGGAGUCAGUUCUUCACUAACCGCCACAACAUCAACUUAUUCCCAAAUUCCCCUUACAUCUGCUGACCCAAUGAGCUGGCUUAACGAUUGCCGAUUGUUACGCAAAGAAGACUUAACGAUUGUUCGUAAUGCUGGGUUGGUACGAGUCCCUGAUGUUGUACAACGCACACCCAGACGUGUAUUUGCUGCUCCGAGUAGCAAUUAUAGUCGGAAUUCAGGUGAUUCAAGGGUUUCGAAAGGUUUACCUUGCUAUGCUCCUAAAAUUCUAGCACUUGCGGUUGAAAACAGUCGUAUUCAUGUCAUCGCAGAACAAACAGAUGGUGGACCCUAUCAAUCCGCUUUGUAUCAGGUUUACAAUUUAUCAGGAAAAUUAAUUAUCAACCAAAGAAUGCCAGUAAGUGCUUCUGCACUCAAACCUGUUACAGAAGUAAAGAAUGGAUCAGCCACAAUAACUUGCCCGUCUGAACAUCCGUUACUGUUACGGGAUCCUAGUGGUCUAGUUUUGCCAUUUAUUCCACCUUCAAGAACAGCCAGCCAUGAAAUAUGGACUAAUUUGAUGUCAGUUGAUCUUCCUCCUGUCCAAUGUGCGUCUUUUGCUUGGAUUCGAAAUCAUUUACCACCGUCUGGAAUUUCAGGGUGUACGAAUGGACGACAGUCUUCAAAGUCACAAAGUGAACAACAACCACGUUGUCUGUUUGGUCUAGUGGUUGUACAAGAUCUUACUUUAAUGCCACAUAUUCUUAGAGCUAAUGACGUCCAAGUUGAGAAAUUGUUGGCUGCUGACUUGUCUUCAGUUGAAAGUCUUAAAGUUGCUUGCGAGAUGGCGGAUGGACGGCGCAAUUUACUUCACAUGGCUGUGUCGAUGUGUGCACCACAAUCUAACAAAGAAACAAGUCCUGAAUGGCUGUCAAAACUUGAACCUGUCCUUACUAGCCCUAUAUUUCGUCCUACUUUUGAGGAUAAGACCAAACCAAUUAAGGAGGCCAAUGAAUCUUCUGAUGCUUCUGUGAUGAAAGUAGUUAAUCCAAAUACUUCCAGCCGGCAACCCUCAUUUUGGUCAUCCGUAGCUCGCUCUUCUGCCGGCUCUGGAUGUUUGAGCAUGCAUGAACUGUUUAUUCGAUCUUCUAUUGAAGCUGCUACUGUUGCGGCGGCGGCGGCAUUAUCUAGCUCUACUUCACGUGGUGACUCGGACAUCCGCACCACCUCCAACACUGCUCCUUCAUCUGGAAAUGGUAUAAAUUUUUGGCAUCUUCCUCCAGUACGAAAAGAUGAACUUACUCGGAGAAUCUCUUCAUAUCGCAUACUUCGUCUUUUAGUAGAGAGUCGACAUUUAAUACCUAGUUUGAUCCCGCUUCUAACUGCUCGCAAUACUGAAGACCUUACACCAUUUAUGUUGGCAAUUAAAAUUCGAGCUUACAGUGUUGCUCGAUUUUUGUAUGAUACCAUUCGGUGUAUUUCCGAAUUGCCUGGGAAUUCCACUGUGGAUUAUAUUUCUGACCGAUCCGCAUUAGAUUUCUUCUCUCCGGCCAGUCACAAACUAGAUGAUUCUCCACUUUUUCAGCUUUGUUAUAACGAUACUUGCACUUUCACAUGGACCGGUCCUGAUCAUAUUAGACAAGAUAUCUUCGAGUGUCGCACUUGCGGUUUAACGGACUCUUUGUGUUGCUGUACGGAGUGUGCACGUGUCUGUCACAAAGGUCACGAUUGCCGCCUAAAAAGAACUUCUCCAACAGCCUAUUGUGAUUGUUGGGAAAAGUGUUGUUGCCAAAGUCUUAUAUCUGGGUUUCAGGCUCCGCGGCAUGAAUUAUUUUAUAAGCUGUUAUCGGGAACAAAGCUUAUACAUAAUCGAAACGCUCGUGGGGAACAUCUGUUACUUUACUUGGCUAAAUGUAUGGAGCGCCAAACACGGGAGCAACGGCAGCACCGCCCAUCUAGGCGUCGCCUAACUUCUGCAACAACCCGAACUAACUCUAACUGUAACCCUCCUGUUACUUCUGCGUCAAAUACAACAUCUAAUUGGGAGCCGAAUAACGGAGCUCAAAAUUCGGGACCAGAAGAGCCUGAUCAUGAUCUAGAACCUCCUCGAUUUGCACGUGAUGCAUUUGAAUUGGCUCUUGAUUGUCCUGCAGCUGUCCAUAGCAUGCUGACAUUAGAUAGCAAUUCAGAUAUUCUGGAUACUGAUUCACUUCAUCAAAAAAAUGGCUUCGUUAAUGAAGACCAAGUUUUUCUGUCGUCUCAAGGUGGUACAAAUCAGUUGGAUGAUUUUGUAUUCACACUUAUUUGCAAGUGUCCCCCUGAAAUAACUGACAUUCUGCUGUCUACUUUAAAUCGAUGUAUCGUUAGUUUUCCUUCAAACACUGAAGAAAAGAAAAGAAAAUUUUCAGAUGACACUUUGCCGGCGGAUACACCAAAUAAUUCUGCAUUUUUGAAGCAGUGUGAUUAUCCUAACUCAGUAGAAAUGACAUUAGCGGCCGCUCGGUUUAUUCGCUCUGUAGCUCGAAUAUACGCUAGUUUGUCUUUGGAAUUGGCUCCUGACCAAAAGAAGAAAAGCCGUUUGGGUUUGGCUCAACCAACGCUUUUGGAUCUUUGUCGACAUGUAUUCAGCAGUUUGGCUCCAAUUGCUAUUAAUGAAUUGCCCGUACUCGCAGCUAGUCUUCUUGUACCUAUCCGUACGGGCACUGUGCGUCCAUGUGCGCCCUUUUCAUUCACAUCUCAGUCGAGUGAAGUUGCCUCGGGACUUGAAUUGUUAAUUAAUGCUGAAAGGAAUAACUUUACGCGCCAGCAAUUGCUUUCUUCUAGUGAAGCCACGAAAACCGAUGAUCUAUCCAACAAAGGAAUACAAAGAUCCAUGAGCAUCGAUGAUGGAUAUAGGCAUCAUCACUCGAGCUUCAAUAUACAACCAUCUUAUCGUAGCGUUUCAGAAUCUGUUACAGUUCCUUCUAUGCGUCACCACACUGUUAUAUCCACAUUAAAUGUCGAGUUAUCUUCGCCACAUGUUGUUACUUCGGAUACUUUGGAACUUGAUACUACUAAGUAUACUCAUGCAGAGUCAAACAUGGAAGUUGCAUCUCCCACCACAGUCACACCUUCAAUACAUGAUCCUUCAUUACUUACUCUUCAAAUGCAAUCCACUAUCACUGAUAUAGAAACUAAUGUUUCUGAACACGCGCUAACAGUAAUGACUUCAACCGCUGAUGCAUCCAGUGCUUCAACCAGAUUAGAACCAAAUAACUCGUCCGUUCACUUUCCUCCAGUUGCUUCAAAUGUUUCAGAUGGCUGCUCUUUGAAUUUUGUCUUUACUCCGAAUUUUGCUGCCAGUAGCUGUCCAGACUCCAUUUUCCAGAUUCAAUCUUCUGGAGAAUCUCAUACUUCCCCCACUUAUGAAUCUCUUGAUGACAAUGUUGUUGAUGACGAGGCUACUGCAAGAAGAAUUGGAGAUGCGAAAGUGACUCAUAAUGAGGCUGUUGAUUCUGGAACUUGGUCUUAUCCACGACGUGAGGAACCGGGAUAUCAGUCGCAUAUGUUCCCUCUGGUGUCUGAUGAUAAUGCAGUGAAUGACUCACGCGAUAGCGAGAUAGCAUUUCCUAGUGGCUCUAGACGUCGUGUAACUGAAUCCGAUAACAAUAGUUUUUGUAAACGCCGACGAACCAUCGACCCAGAAAUUUCUUCUCCCGAGUCAAAGGAUGAUACCAUUCAGAUCGAUUCUCAUAUAAGUUACCCACUGUCACCAUCAGCUCAAGAUGAACUUCCUUUGUCUCUUCUCGAUACUGAUGCAACCGUUAGCCAAACAAGCAGUACAGCUGUUACACUAGGAAGCACUACAGAUUUGGAUAUCAGAUCAGAAUUAUCAUCUAAUCUGAAUGUUGAACUUCACCCAACAUCUAGUUUUUCGACAAAUGUGGUAACUUCUGAAUUGCACCAGUGCGCUUCUGAAGUAUCUAAUCAUCAGCAGGAAGAAAUUGGAUUUAGUAGACUGCUCAAUUCUGACGUUGAUCUCUAUCAGUCAUCAUUGUCUAUUCAAGAGGGACCUUUACCCGGGCGAACUGGUGAUGCAGCUAAUGGACCGCAAAAUAAUAUCGGUUUUUCUGUUUCCGAACAGUCUAACGCUUUCCAGGCCGAAGAUGUAUCUGAUGGUCAAGCUUCAGAUUAUGAUGAGUAUGAUGAACAAGAUGAUGGUGAUGAUGGUGAAGAUCAUGAGGACGACGAUGAUGAAAAUGAAACAGAAGAUGAAGAUGGUGACCAAGAUGUUUACGGUGAAGGUGACCAACUUAUAGAAGGGGAAGAUGAUGAAGAAGAUGAGGAUGAUGAGGACGAUUCUUCUCAUCACAGUGAUGAAUCAAGUGCAGACGCUGGAAGUCGAUCAACUUCUCCCACUUGGGUUUCAUGGCCAAGGACGUCUAUAUUUUCUCGCUUAAGUUCACGAGCGGUCUCACAGAGUUCGGAAUCCAUGGCAACUACUACAAAUACCACAGAUGUCCUAAACAGCAAUCGGGACAACACCAACGAGCUAAAUACUGUUACAACAGGUCAAAGUUUGACCAAUCUAACUUCCGUCACUCUUCAAGGGCGCAACACCUCAAGUUUACUGUCAGGUCGUCGGUCUGUUCAGUCAGUUAUCAGUUUACUGAAUACAUCAACAUCUUCUGCGACACCGACUUUAGUCAUUUCAAGUACAGGAAAUGUAAGCAAUACACCUGCAUCUAGUGAAACUGUUGUCACAAACGCUACAAGCUCUGUCACUACUCCAGCUGUUUCUACAAAUGUGGGGUGUAUCAUGACAACACAGGUAUACUUGUGUCGUACAUUCGCUUGUCUUUUGCGAGUAACUGCUGAUCUUCUCUCUGAAAUUCAAGGGGAAUUUAGUCCUUUUUCAGGUCCCCUGCGGCGUUGUACAUCAGUACCUACUAGUAUUGGUCUUCCGUUGACUGUUUAUGACCAGCAACGCCGUUUGCCCAUAUAUUGCACGUCUAGUAUAGUGGCUACUUCUACAACGUCAGCUAACAAUCAACCUCAUGCUCUUGUAUUAACUCCAAGUAACACCUUGUCUUCUAUUGCUCGUCCGAACUCAAGCUCUACAGAACAGUCAUCAGGUAUUCGAGGUCGUUUAAUAAGGUCGUGUACAACAGCUGUUUCAUUGGCAAGUGGUCGAGCUAAUGCAAUAAAAGUGGGUUCAGAUUCGCACUGUGUUCAACUUGUAGCAUCUGUUGGUGCAGCUUUGAUUCCAGUUUGGCAAUGGAUAACCAUGGCCAUGGAUAAUCUUGAGGCUCAAUUGCGCUUUUCGGCUUCUUGGAAUGCAUACUUCCCCAACAAAAAUGCUUUGAAAGGUCAAUCGAAAAUUCCUGAGAACCAAGAUGGUGUUAGCUCAGUUCGUGAUAUCCCGGUUUCCUUGUCCUCACAAGUCAAUAAUGAAACAAAUAACAGACGUGGACAUACUUCAACUUUUUACUCUAGAAGACCUACUGCUGUUGCCAACACUUCAUCGUCAUCCACAACAACUAAUGCACGAUUGUCCUCAAAUGACCCUAUAACUGUUAAUAGUUCUAUAGAUAGUGUUGCAGUGGUUCUUGGGCAACGACAAGACUUCUUGGCCUAUUUAUUUUCUAUAAUGCGUACCUCAGGUGGUGAUCAUGGUGAUAGCGUACCUUUUAUUGAUCCUCAAGUGAACAAACAUCUUGCCUAUAUUUUAGAUGCAUUGUUAUACUUCUUCCGUGUUUUUGAAUCUUCCUGGCCAUCUGGUAUUACAAGACAGUUAAAUUCAACGUUACCUGAUCCGACCGUUCGUUUCAAAUUAAAUGAUGUGCAGCAAGAGUGUACUGAAGAAAUUGCAGAGUCAUCAACCUCAUCUGUUCUUCGCACCACUCAAUUGUCUCAUGAAAAAACUCCAGAUGUCAAGAAUGUUUUUACAGCUAACCCGGUUACUCAACGGAACGAUCCAUUUUUCCGUCGUUCAGAAAGCAUUUUGUCUUUAUCAGGUCUUGGUCCUGAUUUACUAGAUGCACCGUUAUCAGAGUCCUUACCUUUGGCAUUGCAACCACAAUUGUUACAACCCACCUCUGGAAGAGCUGAACUAUUUGGAUGUGAUCGAUUUUUACCCAUGAUGUCUGCAACUCAUGUUUCCAGCACCCGAAAGAAUGAUCAUAUUCCAAUACACAUGAAUGCGAUGUCAAGUACUUGGGGGGAAAGAAUCUGUGGUAGUAAUAUCACGGAAAUUCCGUUCAUCAACGAGAGCGAUAAUUCAGAGUUUCUGAACCCUGAUACACAACAAUUGUUGACAGGGGCUAAGUUCCUGGAUUCCGUUGGACAUUCUGCUACACUCCUUUCACGGUGGUGCUCAGCUCUGGAAUUUUUCGGACGUCACUUCACUCCUGAUGUAGGAGCUGAAAACGGAAGUUAUAUAUUUGAACUUGGUGGAUUUUCAGCAAAAGAAGGUAGAUUUCGGAAACAAAUGGAACGUUUGCGUAAUGUGUCUCGCAAGGAUUUGGUUUUGGAGGUUGAACGGGAACGUGGUCCAUUGAUUUUAAACACUAUCAAACUACUGAACAUGGAAUACGCUAAACGUCAAUCUCAGACACCAUUAAGUACAUCAAACGGAUCAUUGUAUAGUGCAAAUAAUUUUCCCCUACAGUAUACUAGUUCGAGCAGUCAUCAAAGAGAUUCACCAUCAACGCGUCAAAAUGCAAAUACUAACCAAGUUGCUAUUGCUCUUCUUCUGGGCACUACUACGGAUUCUCCGUUACUAGGGACAUUAUUUGGUGCUAGUCCAGUAACUCCGACUUCGGUCACCUCAAAUUCAGUCGUUUCUGGACAACAACCAAUACUGUCAUGUCGACGCAUUAAAGUAACUUUUAAAGAUGAACCUGGUGAAGGUAGCGGUGUUGCUAGGUCAUUCUUUACGGCUUUUUCAGAAGCAGUCUUAUCUCAAGAACCCUUGCCUAACUUGAAUUUACUUCUUCAAAAUAAUUCAUCAAAUUCUUUGGGUAAUCAACAACCGAAUUUCCAUCGUCAUUAUACUGUGUUGAGUCGUUCUCAAUCAAACAAUUCUGCAAAUAGGCCAACUGCAGUCUUAGUUCAAUCAACAACUUCUAGUAUAUUUCUGUCUACUCAAUCUAUAACAAGUAGCUCUAACAAUACUCCUUCUCCGACUUUACUAUCUAGUUCACUAAACAAUGGGCUAAGUGGACAUCAACCAGUACCUUUAACUACACCAACAACCAUUCAGUCGUCUAUUUCCUUUUGUCCAUAUCAAAUUCAACCUCGGCUGCAUACGUUUACAAUUGGGUCACGUGGGAGAUCAAGUGCUUGGCGACGAUCUGGAGGACUAUCUACAAAUGCUCCUCCAUUUUAUCCGUCUGCAGCUCAGGCAGCAUUCUCCUCAUCUGAUUUAUCACCAGCCGGUUCUAAUUCUCGAACAACCUCUCGUAACCCGUCACCAGCUAGGCAUUCUGAUACUUCUAAUAUUUCUCAUAUUUCAGUUGGAAAUGUCUCUGGUACAGAAGUUCCCUCAUCUAGAGUCCUGGAUUCUUGUGCUUCAUUACAACUUUUAAACUCGAAUACGAAUAUUUCAUCAGGAUCGAGUCCAAACAGAACUCAAGAUCCAUCUGAUAAUAUCAGCAGAAAUAUUUUACUAGUCAAUUACGAACCAUCUAACUCGAUUCAGUCUUCUGAAAGUAAUAACCCUGUCUGUGCCAGGCAUGACCUAGCGAAUGGAAGAUCCGUGGGAGGUAGACUGUUUACACGUAUUCAAUCCCUAGUGAGGAAUGAACACUUAACUGCACGAAUCACUGGAAUGCUUCUUGAAUUACCGUCAUCAGAACACUCAGUUUUAUUAACAAAUGAAGAAGCUUUAUGUAAUCGUGUUGAUGAAGCAAGGGCCUUAAUAACAAUGUCGGAUACAAAUGAUCAGAACCGAGUUGAGCGCCCACGGACACCUUCAAUUGGUUUAAAUCAGCCUGUUCUUGAACGCUUAGUUAAUUGGCAAGGUGUGGCUUUAACUGUUACAGGUGCUACGUCUGUCAACCAACAAUCCAACAUCUCUUCAUCAAGUACAAUCGCCGAGUUAAUAAUUACAGAGGAUGUUGAGCGUGUCCCUCUUUUCUGGCAACCUGGUUUACAGGGUUAUUACUUCCCACGAGCUGUUCCUGGAAUAAACUUACCUUCAAAUCAAACAUGUGAUUCGGUUAAAUUAGCUGCACGCUACUCUAUUUACAGAGGUAUCGGCCGUGUAAUUGGUUUGUGUUUACUGACAAAUGAAACAUGUCCCUUGCACUUCAGUCGACCUGUACUUAAAUACAUCCUAGGUCGCGUGGUUCACUGGCAUGAUUUUGCCUUUUAUGACCCCACUACUUUUGAGGGGUUGCGCCAGCUGCUUUUGCAUACAUCCGAAGACUUUUCAAAGUCUCAGGGAAGCAUAGAAGAUUACAACCUAACUUUCUCACUUAUUCCUGCCUUGGAAGAAGGUGGUCUGUCAUCCACAGACGCGGUUCGUCAACCAAAUGACUAUUUGUAUGCUUUGAUCCCCGGUGGAGAUGAAGUUGAGGUUAAUGAAAGUAAUGUAUUUGAAUUUGUUAAAAAGUACACAGAAUUCAAAAUGAAAACAGCAGUUCAGGAACCACUGGAGCAACUCCGACAAGGUGUGUUUGAUGUUCUACCUCGAAAUGCUUUGGAUGGGCUGACUGCUGAAGAUUUGCGUUUACUUUUAAACGGAACUGGAGAUAUAGAUGUUGAUGUACUAUGUGGAUAUACAACUUUCGUAGAUGAAACAGGUACAGGAUCAAAUGUAGAUGUCACGAAAAGCUGUGAUAACACAAAUUUGGUAAAUCGCUUGAAAAAGUGGUUUUGGUGUACAGUUCGCAGUAUGGAUAUGAAACAACGUCAAGAUUUAUUGUACUUCUGGACAUCAAGUCCAACCCUUCCUGCCAGUGCUCAAGGAUUUCAGCCUAUGCCUUCAAUCACAAUCAAGCCACCCGACGACCAUCAUCUUCCAUCUGCUAACACUUGUAUUUCACGUCUUUACUUACCACUAUAUUCAUCAAGGCACAUAUUGCGUGACAAACUUUUACAGGCGAUUGGAACAAAAUGUUUUGGCUUUGUAUAAUUUCCUGUAUAUCUCAAUCAAAUAAGUCUUCCCUAUUAUUGUAAAUGAGAAAACAUUUGAAUUUUUGAAGUAUAAUAAAUCAAUCAGAUUUUCAA